UGAACGCAAUCAAGUUCCGCAUACAUGCCGUGCACGAAGGUAUUGCGGCCGACCGUAAUGCGCCAGACAUGACAACCCAGUCAUAACUACUCGCAAGCGCUGCAUUGCGCCAGCACAACCUCCCGCGCUCACCAAAGCUUUCCACGGCGCUUCCAAGACAAUAUGGAAGAAUUUCCUGGUAAAAAGACAAAUAGCCGUCUAUAUGUGUUUAAUGGAUAUAUGUAUAAUAGAGACAAUCGGUAUGAAUAUAUUUAUCGAUGUAAUAGGAGAAGUUAUUUUAAAUGCAAAGGAAGUCUGCAACAAGAUGGUGAAAUGUACACUCUUAUUAAAGAACAUGAUCAUCCACCAGAUACAGCAUUAUCUGAAAAAUUGAAAAUGAAACAAGAAAUGAAACAAAUGUGUAAAAAUAGAUACACAAAUAGUAAAGAUAUUUUUGAUACUGUAUCUCGACGUUAUCCUGUAGCAGCCGCAUCGGUAUCAUAUAAUACAAUGCGGUCACCUCUUUAUCGUGAAAAAAUCAAAUAUAAACCAUCGUUGCCUUCAAAUUUUUUGGAUUUACAUACAAAGCUUCAAACCUAUGAACCUUUAAGCAGUAUAUAUAAAGGUAAAGCAACAUCAAUAAAAAAUGAAACGGCCCUUAUAUUCAGUACAGAUAUACUAUUGAAAGAGUUGGCUGCAUCCACCGAAAUGUAUCUUGAUGGGACAUUUUCUAUCGUUCCAAAAGUUCCAAAAAUAGCGCAGCUAUUUACAAUACAUAUCCGUUACUGUCAAACGGCAAUUGCAACAGUUUUUAUAUUAUGCGAAACACGAACUAAAUUUCUGUAUGAUGCUAUAUGGAUAAAAAUAAAGCAACUAAUUCCUGAUCUUGAAAAAAAUAUUAAAUUCAUAAUGUUAGAUUAUGAACGUGCAGCAGGAAUAUCAGUAAGUGAAAAUUUUCCAUCUGCUGCAAUACAUGGAUGUUGGUUCCAUUUUAAUCAGGCAAUUUUCCGAAAAUGGAAAUGUUUAAAUUUGUUACAUGCACCUCGUGAUGUUUUGUUUAUGACAAUGACGUUACCUCUAGCUCCACCCAAAUCUUUCUCAGAAGCUUACAAAAUAAUAGAAAAACAAGCAGAUACAAUGGAAGAGUAUCCAGAUAUAUAUUUAUUUUUGGCAUAUCUACGUCGCAAUUGGCUUCAAGCCGCAUCAAAAGUUAGCGUUUAUAAAUGUCCUAUGAGGACUAAUAAUAUAGUUGAAUCUUUCCAUAAUAUAGCAGCAAAAAAGUUUGGUUCGAAGCAUUCAAAUUUAUGGUUGUUUUUAGAAAAGUUAUCUGACAUUCUUACUGAUCAAGAACUUGAUCUUGAAAGAGCUAAGAGUGGUUUACGUGUUAGAAGAAUAUGUUCACGUUUAGAAAGACAAAACAAUUUACGUAUUGUAGAACUUCAAGAAGAUCUUGUUACUGACAGGAUAUCCUUAGAACAAUUUUUAAAAAUGUUUUACAAUCAACAUCAAGACCGACAUUACAGCAUGCAGCAAUUAAUACAUGAAGAUGCCAAUAACGACGAUGAUGUACAUCUAGAACAUUUUUCUGAAAUACGGAAUGAAAGAGAAAAUACAGUUGUUGACCAAACUUCAUCUAGACAAGUGAAUGUAUCUAUCUACUACCGUGGUCGUGGCCGUAGGCGUAGACGAACAAACACCUUUAUUUCUCCUCAAAGAUCUGUUCAUGUUUCUCCGGAAAAUAAUCCAGAAAGAAGACAUUCUUCAGAAGAAGAAAACAUUCCGCCUGUUACUCCUCCUCAAAGAUCUGUUCAUGUUUCUCUGGAAAAUAAUCCAGAAAGAAGGCAUUCUUCAGAAGAAGAGGACAUACCGCCUGUUACUCCUCCUCAAAGAUCUGUUCAUGUUUCUUCAGAAAAUAAUCCAGAAGGAAGGCAUUCUUCAGAAGAAGAGGACAUACCGCCUGUUACUCCUCAAAGAUCUGUUCAUGUUUCUCCAGAAAAUAAUCCAGAAGGAAGGCAUUCUUCAGAAGAGAACGUACCGCCUGUUACUCCUCAAAGAUCGAUUAAUGUUUCCCCAGAAGUUUCACAAGAUAUAAUUCUUUUAAAUUCAAGUGAUGAUGAAGACAUUUAUCACAUCCCUUUAGACGAUUACGGUAAUAUAUUUUCGGAUGAAGAUAAUGAAAAUAUAGAUGUUCCGUAUCAUCCAGUGCAACAAUCCAAUGACACACGUACACCUGAUUGCUGUACUAUUUGCUUAGUUGAAAAAGCUGAUCAUAUCUUCGUCUCGUGUGGCCAUUUAUGUUGUUGUGGGGAAUGUAUCUUACAGUUGCAAUCUAAAAAAUGUCCUAUUUGCAAUGUAAAUUAUACGUCAUAUUUAAAAGUAAGAGUUCCAUAAAAAAAGCAAUCCAAAUGUAAUAUUCAGUAUUAAUAGUAAUAAUUUUAUAAAAGCUUUCACACAAAAAUUUUAUAACUUAUGUUUACUAAGAAUUUCUUUAAUUAUAAAAAUAUUUAGAAUAGUUAUUAACAUUACUUAAAUAUCUUUAAACGUUUAAGAAUUUAAUAAAUGUUUUUUCCUAAGCGUUUACACAAAACAAAUCUCAAAUUAUUUGAUAUUUAUCUAAGUGAUAAGAGAAAAACCAAAUUAUCUGAUAGCAAAUUAUCUAAAAUAACUAUAGUUAUUUGUAAAGACUAAUGUCAUAAUUUUUAUUU